AUGCGGGAGGUCGGGGUCUAUUGCAAGACGUGUGGCGAGAUGAUCUGCACUCGAUGUGGCAUCAUUGAGCCACAUGGGAGACACGAAAAAUUUGAUGCCGAACAGAUCCUUGAAAAAGAACAGAUCGAAGGCGAAGAUGAAGUCUACAAGUCACGAAUCAUUCGGCAUGAGAAGAAAGUGGAGGGAGUUCAUGGAAAUUUUUCCCUAUUCAUUUGUGAAAUGAAGGAGCUUCAAACGCGCUUAAAGGAGCACCAAACGACUGCAAGGACCGAAAUCGAAAGCCGGCUAAAAGAAAUUCAGACCCAGCUGGAGAAAGACAAAGAGACACUUGCUGCAAAGGUUGACCAGAUUUUUGAGGCAAAGAGCAAGCGUUUGGAAGAUCAGAUUGAGGAGCUCCAACGAAUAGAGGCAAUACUUAACGAUUCGCGAGAAAGGAUCACCAAUACCCUAGCAAUGGGCAUCCCAUCCGAGAUCCUGUUCAACAUGAAAUAUUUCAUUAAGCGAAGUGAGUCGUUGUUCGACCAGUACGACACGUACGAUCGCACUCCACGCGAGAACGACAUUCUUCAGUUCAGUCCCAACGUAGAGUUUGAUCUCAGUGGCGCAAUCGGUACAGUUGCAGCAGAUCCCUUUCCCGAGGCCUUCACUCUAGAUGGACUCGACAGCAUCCAUUUCAUCCAGGGAAAGGAAGCGCCUCUCAUCGUUACAUGUCGUGAUAUCGCAGGCACACCCCGACCAAUCAAACACGAUAUCAAAGUCGAGUUGUGCCCCCCAGGAAACGGAGAAGCCUUGCAAGGCACAGUCGAAAGGGACGUCGACAAAGGAACAUACAGAGUUAAACUGCAACCGAAUUCUCAGGGCGACCACGAGCUAAAAGUGUCGGUCGUCGUAGGAAAUGAAGAAAAGUGUGUCCCAAUCACAGGAAGUCCAUUCAAAGUGAGGGUCUCGCGUCCGCUGCUCGGAGGAAUUGAGGCGGAAAACAUUGCUAUCGCUGGACUGCAAAAUCCAUGGGGGGUAGCAGUUUGGCAUGGGGCAAAGCCUGAGGGGAGGGAGGGUGAGGAUGGGGAGCCUGGUGGAGCGGGGGGUGGUGCUGGGAGUGAAGGUGCCGGUGUCCGCAACGACGACGGUGCAGGAGGCCAAGACGAUGCUGCAGGCGCUGGCAAUGCAGAAAAUGGCGAAGUCGUGGCCAUCACAGAUAUCGGCACCCACCGCCUACUUAUCGUAACCAACAACGACUUCCAAAACCCAAGGUGGAUCGGGAAAGAAGGCGGUGGUGAAGGCGAUGGUAACUCGGAGUUCAACUCUCCCCGAGGAGUUGCCUUUAAUCAAAACGGAGAGAUCGUUGUGGUUGACAAGGACAACUGCCGGGUUCAAGUUAUUUCGGCAGAGGGCGAUUUCAAAUCAAAAUUUGGUACGCGUGGGUCCGAGAAUGGUGAGUUCAGGAGGCCAACCGAUGUGGUCCAUUGA